UAUCUUUAAUUUAGGUCCAUUAAUAGUAUGGUACUUUUUAGUGAACAAUGAAAAAAUUUCAUUAAAGUUAACACAAUUUUUUCUCCUUUAAAGUUGAAGCUUCUCUCUCUUUCAUUCCAUUUUCCAAGCUCAUAAAAUUCUUGUAAGUUGUAGAGGGGAGUGGAAACCAUUUUCUUGGUUGAGUUAGCUAUUAGUAUGGCAGAGAAAGAAGUUCCAUAUUCAGAUAAUGGAAAAAUCCCACUCUGCAUUUUCUUUAGGGAAGCAAGAUCAGUAUUUAAAUUGGAUGAGCUAGGCCAAGAGAUUGCAAGAAUUGCCAUUCCUGCUGCACUAGCUUUAACAGCAGAUCCUAUUGCAUCUCUUGUUGAUACAGCAUUCAUUGGCCAAAUAGGUCCCAUUGAGCUUGCUGCUGUGGGAGUUUCGAUUGCUGUUUUUAAUCAAGCAUCGAGGAUUGCAAUAUUCCCACUUGUUAGUGUCACUACAUCUAUGGUUGCUGAGGAGGAUACCAUCACAAAAGUAAGCCCUGAACCACGAGACACUGAAAGCCAGGAUCUACAAUCACAAGAAGCCGAAGGAUUGGAUACGGAGUUCCAAUCAAACAGUGAAAACAAAGAGCUCAUACCUCAAAGUAGGAGUAUGUACAAGUUCGAAAUGAUAGCUACCACCUUUGAAGUUUUGAAGCGAAAGCCGGAAAAGAGGCACAUUCCUUCUGCAUCGUCUGCAUUGAUCAUCGGUGCCAUCCUUGGCCUCAUCCAAGCAGUUUUUUUAAUUUCCGGAGCAAAGCCUAUAUUAAACUUCAUGGGAGUCAAAUCUGGAUCAUACAGUUGGCCAGUAUUUACUGCCAGUAAUCAAGACACAAAUUUGAACGAUUCUAUCUUUAAGGGAUCACCUGUGUUAAAACCUGCCCAAGAGUACCUGAAAUUGAGGUCACUUGGUGCACCGGCAGUUCUUCUCUCAUUGGCGAUGCAAGGAGUUUUUCGAGGAUUUAAAGAUACACAAACUCCACUUUUUGCAACUGUGGCUGGAGAUUUGACAAAUAUAAUUUUGGACCCUAUAUUCAUUUUUGUAUUCCAUAUGGGCAUCAGAGGUGCUGCGAUUGCUCAUGUAAUUUCACAGUACCUAAUUUCAGUAAUACUUUUUUGGAGAUUGAUGGAACAAGUGGAUCUUUUACCUCCUAGUCUAAAGUAUCUGCAAUUUGCUCGAUUUCUUACAAAUGGAUUUCUAUUGUUAAUGAGGGUGAUAGCAGUUACGUUCUGCGUAACAUUAGCUGCAUCAUUGGCCGCAAGGUUAGGACCAACGGAAAUGGCUGCAUUUCAGGUCUGCUUGCAGGUUUGGUUGGCUACAUCUCUUUUAGCUGAUGGGUUGGCUGUUGCGGGUCAGGCGAUACUAGCAAGUGCGUUUGCUCAGAAGGACUUCGGUAGAGCUACUGCUACAGCAUCAAGAGUAUUACAGUUGGGAUUAGUUUUAGGAUUGGUGCUAGCUCUCAUCCUUGGAGUUGGUUUACACUUUGGAGCUAGAUUAUUUACAAAUGACAUCAAUGUCAUCCACCUAAUUGGCAUUGGCAUACCGUUUGUCGCAACAACUCAACCAAUCAAUGCCCUGGCCUUUGUCUUUGAUGGUGUAAACUUUGGCGCAUCUGACUUUGCAUAUUCUGCUUACUCGAUGGUUGCAGUGGCUAUAUUCAGCAUUGUAUUCUUGUUCGUUCUUUCAUCAAGUUAUAAAUUCGUCGGAAUUUGGGUCGCUUUGACCGUCUAUAUGAGCCUAAGAGCUUUUGCAGGUUUCUGGAGGAUAGGAACUGGAACAGGUCCCUGGAAAUUCCUCAAGAGCUAAAGUCUUAUUCCUACAUAGCAUAUUGUACAUAACUGAAGCAACUGCACUUCUGCCUUAAAGUAAUCAGUGUUUUUGAUGAUUUGCAUGCAGUAAUAUCCAUGACUACUCCAUUCAUGCUCUCACAAUGUGAUGACCCAAGAGGUCAUCUUAUGAUUUAAAAUUAAAUUCUGUGUUCAAAAGUCC